AUGAUAGGGAGGACAGACCCUGUCUUGCCGCAGCAUGAAGUCCAGGCAGCGGUGCUGGGGGACCACUCACCACCGCGACUCGGACGCCGCGCGGUCUAUCGACGAUUCAUGCGUCGCAUUAUAAAAAUUCUGGUCGUCGUCGCGGUUCUGUACCUGGCUAUCAUAUUCCUCUUUGCCAACACCAGAAGAGUGGUACCCAUCCAUCGCCAAACGCCCUUCCCACCGACACAUCCCGCAGAUUUGAAGAUCCACGACCCCAGCAUUCUCAAGGUCGGCGAUAAGUACUACUCCUACAGCGUGGGCCCGCGCAUCGUCAUCCACGAAGCGCCCACGCUCUCCGGCCCGUGGAAGAAGACGGGCCACGUCCUGGAUAAGGACAGCAUCAUCCCAAAGGGCGACCGGAAGGCGCCGUGGGCGCCGACAACGAUCGAAGUCGCCGGCACGUAUUACUGCUACUACGCCGUCAGCCAGAGCGGCUGUCGGAACAGCGCGAUUGGCGUCGCGACCUCGCAGUCCCCCGGCCCCGGGGGGUGGACCGACCACGGGGCGAUCAUCCACACCGGGACGGGCCCUGGCUCGGACAGCGCCCCGUUCGACCGGUCCAAUGCCAUCGAUGCGAGUGUGAUCCUCACCCCGGAUGGCAACGGGUACCUGAAUUUUGGUAGUUAUUGGACGGGCAUCUGGCAGGUACCGUUGAAUGCGGAUCUUGUGUCAAUCAGCGAUGUCAGCACGAAUGCUGCGCGCCAUCUGGCGUACGAACCGCAUGCAUUCUCGCCCGGCGGGAAGAACCCAAACCCCUUGUGCGGGGACCGCAGUGGAAGCCAUCCGAUCGAGGGCGCGUUUGUGUCGUAUCGUGCGCCGUUUUAUUAUCUCUGGUUUAGUUGGGGGAAGUGCUGUAAGUAUAAUCCGAAGGCGCUUCCUCCGCGAGGGAAAGAGUACCAGAUACGUGUUGGGCGGUCGACACAUCCACAGGGUCCGUUUGUUGAUCGACAAGGCGUGGACCUCAUUGAGGGAGGCGGAGAGGUUGUCUACGGCUCGAAUAGAGAUGUGUAUGCCCCCGGUGGGCAGGGAGUCUUGACUGAUGAGGGAACCGACAUUUUGUAUUAUCACUAUUUGAACAAAACCGUCAGUUUGGAUUUCUGGGAGGCGCGUCUCGGAUACAAUCCUCUAAUAUACAUCGACGGCUGGCCUGUCGCUCAGUGA